AUGGACAUGUCCUCGUACCUGCAAAACGACAAGGUAGGGGAAGAUGCGAUGGCGGACGUCGACUCGGACUCCACGGACUGCUGUGAUGUGGGAAUUUGGAGUGAAGAAGGGUCGGACGCGGAGGACUGCAUUGGGGACGAUGCUUCGGCACGAGAAGAAGGAUGCGCUCCGCAUUCAUCCGAGACUGAAGACGGGGGCAUGCCGUUAGACGAGGAGGAACACAACUUCACCGAGCAGCCAGCAAGUGAAGGAGGAGAGUUGGAGUGUUCAGGAGCUGAUGAGGCGGUUUGCGAGGAUGGGCACAGCAUGGAAGUUCCAUCUGCCCCUGUUGCUGAGCAAGCUCCGGCUCGACGACGGGCAGAUGGGCUCACCGGCUCGAACAGUUCAGACGAGUCGAAUGUGAGCAUGCGCCGAUGGUACUCCUGGUGUUCUGCCCCCUUGCCGGCGAGGACAGAAAGUCAGAGAACAACCAAGGUUGCUUCAGGAUCCAGGCGGUCAAGCUCCCUCUCCUCGAAAUCGUCUUCCUGCUCUUCCACAUCCGGCGAGAAGGUGGCGAGCAGCAGCUUGCUUGUCAAAUUCCUGCUGAGCAACGACAAAUACACCCCGAUCCACGUGAAACUGGAGGUGUUAGACGUCAGAUCACAAGUGUGCCUGGGAACGUUCCGCAAGGUUGCACCCGCCAACGUGAACGACUUCAUCAUUGCCUCGCUUCCCAUCGAGAAUGUGCAGGACGCAGAGUUCAUCUCCGAGAGCUGGAGUUUCGGGCUGGGUGAUCCGGAUGCUGUUCAGUCAAAGGGCAUUCGAUAUUCCCUCCCUUUCAACGGAGCAGCUCGCCAUGUCUGUCAGUCGUUCGGUCAUCCUUCCCUCCCCCCCUUGAUGCUUGCCCUGCUCACCCCGUGGACCUUGGCAGGGGGCAAGUACUCCCACCGGGGGCAGCUCCACAACAGCGUUGACUUCGACAUGCCUGUGGGUCACCAGGUUCGGGCGUGCCGCUCGGGGAUAGUGAUCGCCACCAAGAAUGACAGCGAUGAAGGAGGAGCGUCCAAGAAAUACUCUGGCUCAGCAAACUUCGUUCAAAUACUCCACUCUGACCACACCGUUGGCUGCUACCUUCAUUUCCUGAAGGGCGGGGUCACGGCUCGGGUGGGAGCCAAGGUCAGGAGAGGGCAGGUCAUCGGCUUCAUCGGCAUGACUGGCUUCACCUCGAGGCCCCACGUUCACUUCCACGUGAAGAGGUGUGGGGACUUCCAUGAUGGCAGGGAGUGGACGACGGUUCCCUUCCUCUUCAAGGGGCCGACAUCGCAGGGCCUUGUGCUCAACGCCGGGUGA